CAGCCUCAUAGCCGCAUCCGUCAAGAGCAAAAUAAAUCUUCGGAGCAGCUGGACUGUUUGCAGAAAGAUCUCCUCAGCCUGACUGUCCUCUGUUUCAGCCUGGCUUCCUGCUGUGGAUUCUGCUUCCAAGAAGUGCAUAAAAUAAGGGUUAGAAAUGGUGAACUCCUGCGUCCAAGUGAGUGUGCUGAUAUUUAUGACGGGAGCAAGCAUCCAUUGGGAACUGCCUGGAAUACAGCUGAGUGCAUGCGAUGUAAAUGCAAGGAAGAAGGAAUGGAAUGCUGUGCCAGAUAUGGUGGCAUUCUAGAUGUUGUAGGAUGCAAAGCAGUGAUUGAUCCAGUAACCUGCCAGUAUAAGUUAUAUAAGCUUGAUGACCCCACAACGCUGUGUGCCUAUUAAUUUUCAGAGGGUCAUGGCAGUGUCCUCCCCAGGAGUUCACUGUCUUUUGAGAUGGCCCCUGGACAGACCCACUUUGGGGACUGUUUUAAGCCUCACCAUCCAUGUGUCUCACCUGCCAAACAGCAAAGCAAGGGACCGGCUUGAAUUUCAUAUUAACUUAAUGCUUGCUAAAUGCUAAAACAACAGCAGCAGAUUCUCACUCCCAGUAGAGCAUAUAAGUGAUCUUAAAUUGUGGGGACAGAGGAUGGCUUUCAUCCCCCCCAGGGCCAGUGAGGGAGCGGCCAGAGGGACAAAGUUGGUGCAGCAAUAGAUGUGAACCUGACCUUUGUACCACAGGCCACAUUCCAGCCCCACAAAUCCAGGGUGUCUCUCCCAUCUUCCCCACAUAUCUCUCCAUCCAAACAACCAAAAGGCAGGAUCACAGUUCAGACUCACAUUCUUGCAGAUCAAAGCAUUUGAAGAGGGGGCAGAGCAGGGCCAGAGAGGGCGUAGCCCAGGCAUGUCAAACCUGCGGCCCUCCAGAUGUUUUGGCCUACAACUCCCAUGAUCCCUAGCUAGCAGGACCAGUGGUUGGGGAAGAUGGGAAUUGUAGUCCAAAACAUCUGGAGGGCCGCAGGUUUGACAUGCCUGGCGUAGCCUGAGAAGGAGACAGGAUUAGGGGAGACCCUGACAUGGGGACAGAUAGUGAGGCCUCCAGGGUUGCCUGAAUCUCCCAGGUCUGCAGACCCACCACCACCACCUAAGGAACACUGGCACCAUUGGUCACCAGAUAUAAAACAUAAACAGACUUUAUCACAGAAGAACAUCUUGGAAACAUUUUCAUAGUCUGACUAAGACAAACUGGCAGGUACAUGUUAGGACACCUACAGCAAAUUCCUUUGCAUGUUUACUUGGAAGUAAGCCCCCCUCUGCUCCUUGUGGUGGAAGUAAAGAGAGUUGGACCUGAUUUCACAGCUCUCUGUGCAGAAGAGCACAUUCCUCUGUGGCCUACACUCAUGCCUGAUGCCUUCCUGUUUCUUUGCUACUUGAAUAAAACAACCUGAUUUGUGUUUCAAGGCAGCCUUCUGCAACCUCCAAUCUGUCUUGUAGGCUACAACUCCCAAGAGCCCUAGUCAGAAUAGCCAUGCUGACAGGGGCUGAUGGGAGUUGUAGUUAGCAAUACAUCUGGAAGAGGAGAUAAAAGCCAACCUUGCCAUGUUGUUUCAGCUGUAGCAGGAGAAUGAAAGCAAAUCCCCACCCUAUAGUUAAAGCACAUUCAAUGCACACAGCUGCCCCCCAAGAAUCCUGGGAACUGUAGUUUCCCCCCCCCCUCACAGAGCUAUACAGUAGGACACUGGAAAAGAAGCAAAGAAAAUAAAGGGACUGUCUGGAUGCUGUUAUGUUUCUCAUUUCUCUGGUGAACGAAUAAAAGCUAAUCUUCACACGGCUCUCCAUUGAUAUCCUUUCUUUAAAAUGUUACUGUCAUUUGAUAGUUUCAUCACUGCAGCUAUUUUCCAUGCUGUUUAUGCCAUGAGUAAUCAAGUCACACCAAACAUAUUUUAGUUGCACGCACAUUUAUCCAUUAACCCAUUUCCCUGUCUUUCACAAUAUUCAGAUUGCAUGCUUCAGGAUGGAGAAGCAGUUCAAAACACCUGGAAGGCAAUGAAACUGAGAUGCAGAGAUACCUCCUUGAGUAGCUGUCCUACCCAAGGCAAAACACCCAUGGGGAAAUUGUCUCAAGGCAG